GUAAACAGAAGCGAAAAGCGAAGUGCAGGAGAGGAUUGCAAAAAAUUGUAAACGAAACGAUUUUUCUUUCACGACCGCCACAACAAACCGUUUCCUUCCGCUGGAGUUUUUAUAUAAAAAUAUAUAAAUCACAUUGAAUCCGCAAAUCACACUGGCUAAUAAUGCCGUUCAACUAGUUAGAUUAUGUGACCAAGUAAAAGAAAGAAAGAAAACAAGCCCAAAAUAACGCUUUAAAAAUUUUCUCUGGUAAAUAGUGAAUGUUGGGUAGCCGAAAAAUUAGAAUUUCUAUUGCGUCAAUAGCGAGAUAUGAGAUUUCAAGUUGGACUUGAUAAGCCGCACCGCAGUGAAGAGUGCUGUUGAACAGAUCCAAAACUGACGAGUAAAUAUUUGCACAGCUUUAUCUGCACUGAAUUCGAUAAGAUUCUGUUACGAAAUUAACUAAUAAUCAAAAAAUGGUUCGCAUUCGAAGAAAGUUCGUGUUCAUCCUAUCCGCUGUGUCACUUUUUAUUUUUUUACUGCUCUACAUAAUUUUAAACCAAGCAAUUCCAAGCGAAAAACCGAACAAUGAUUUACUACUAUUGGAGGACAAAAUCAAACAAUUGGAAACGGGCUUGAACAAACACCGGCGAGAGUUUGGUGCAAUGAAACAACAAUUUGAGAGUAUUCAAACCAACGGCGUUGAUGGCAAAGAGCCGCGGAACGACGGGGAUGAGUAUGGAGACGAAUCCCGACUCGAUAAAGUACCAGCCGUGGCUGCACCUCAUUUAGGUAAUCGGGAAAUGUUAAAAGAUUCGGUGAUCAGCGCCAAUCGGGACACUGGUGGCAGCUGUGCGCUCCGAACCGAUAUAUUGCCACAGCCUGACAUCCAAAUGCUAGAUUUCUAUGAGACGGUUCCGUUCGAUAACAUCGACGGUGGUCCCUGGAAGCAGGGUUGGCGAAUAAUGUAUAAUGAAAAACACUGGAAUCAGCACCAACGGCUAAAAGUGUUUGUAGUACCGCACUCGCAUAACGAUCCGGGUUGGAUACAUACCUUUGAUGAGUAUUACGACACGCAAACCAAGUUGAUUUUUACCAAUAUGUUGCGUCACCUGGAGGAAAAUCCUGGCAUGAAGUUUAUCUGGGCUGAAAUAAGCUAUUUUGCCAAGUGGUAUGACAAUUUAGCACCACAAAACAAGGAUAUCGUGAAAAAGUUAUUAAAAAAUCGACAGUUGGAGUUUGUGACUGGAGGUUGGGUUAUGCCGGAUGAAGCAAAUUCACAUUGGUACUCUGUGCUUUUACAGUUAACUGAAGGGCAAACUUGGUUGAAAACUAGACUGAACGUGACUCCAACUUCGGCAUGGACCAUCGAUCCAUUUGGCGAAUCGGCUACGAUACCAUUUGUUCUGAAAAAUUCCGGUUUCGAUAAUUUGUUGGUUCAGAGGACGCAUUACAUUGUGAAGAAGAAUUUGGCACUGAAGCAACAGUUGGAAUUCCGUUGGCGCCAGCUUUGGGAUACUCGUGGUGAAACGGAUCUCCUGACGCAUAUGAUGCCAUUCUAUUCGUACGAUAUCCCGCAUACUUGUGGCCCAGAUCCGAAGAUUUGCUGUCAGUUUGACUUCAAACGGUUACCAAAUUUUGGAGUUUCGUGUCCCUGGCGGGUGGCUCCACAGAGAAUUACCGAUGAUAACGUUGCCAAAAAAGCGGAAUUGAUCUUGGACCAGUGGCGAAAGAAAUCAAUACUUUAUCGGACGCGAAACGUUCUCAUUCCAUUGGGUGAUGAUUUUCGCUACACGCACAGUACAGAGUGGGAGGAGCAGCGAGUUAACUAUGAGAAACUGUUUGAUUACAUGAAUAACGAGCCGUCGUUAAACGUGGAAGCAAGAUUUGCCACGUUGCAGGAGUAUUUUGACGCAGUUCGGUCGAGCAUGGAGCCGGAGAAGUUUCCGUCGUUGAGUGGAGAUUUUUUCACAUACGCCGAUGUAAACGAGGACUAUUGGAGUGGCUACUACACGUCACGGCCAUACCACAAAAGACAGGAUCGCAUCCUGCUUAACUAUAUCCGCACGGCGGAGCUGUUGCAUUCAUGGCACAGCUGGGACAGUGAAGUGGAUUUCGAUCGAAGGCUUGAGUAUGCACGACAGCAAUUGUCGCUAUUUCAGCACCACGACGGAAUCACCGGCACGGCCCAAAAUCACGUGAUGAAAGACUAUGCCGAGCGGAUGGCGAGGGCGAUCGAGGAGUGCAAGUUUGUGUCGCAACAGGCUGUUUACAGACUGCUAACCAAACCAUCGGUCUACCAGGCGGACCCAAAGUUCAGCUAUCUGAGCAUUGACGAUUCGCGAACCGUCGACGGUGGCGACACCUUCCGACCGACCAUUAUCAUUGGAGAUGAGUUACCGAUCAAGCACGUGGUUGUUCACAACUCUCUGCCUCACCAGCGGGAAGAACUGAUCGAGUUGUACAUAGGGAAACCGUUCGUUACCGUGCAGGAUGCACGGGAUGGGUCGACCGUAACGGCACAGGUUGCGCCGGUAUGGUCUUGGACGACCCGACCGGAUGGAAUCAGUAAUCCGCAGGCAUCCACCACCAAGUAUCGAUUACUGUUUCGGGCGUCAGUCCCUCCGCUAGGUUUAGUGGUGUACACCAUCAAAUCAUGCAAUCGUGUUUCUGAAAGUGCUGGCGUUUCCUACGCAAAAGUGAGCAUUCUUUCGCACACACCUUUCUCGAUCAAUCUGAACGGCUAUCCGGAAGCCGAAGAAUUUAGUGAUCCCCGUGAAACGUCAUUAAAGGUAGGCGAUGGCCCAGGAGCUUCCUUCAACUCUAAUGGUUUGCUUAAGUCAAUAUCUAUCGAGAGUGGCACAGUGCCAGUGCAUUUGUCAUUUUUCAAAUAUGGAAUGAAAUUUGGUUCCGGUAAAAGUGGUGCAUAUUUAUUCCAUCCAGACGGACCUGCCGUUGAAUUGAGGCCACGCGAUUCCAUAGUUUUAAUCGUGAAAGGUUCUUUGGAAGCCAGUAUCACUACCGGGUUAUCCUUUGCUGUCCAUCAGACGAUUUUGCGUGGCGACGCCAUCGAGAUACGCAAUCUGGUCGAUAUUGGCGAACGAGAGAAUACAGAAAUAGUCAUGCGGUUGUCGACGAACAUUAACAGUGGCGAGUACUUUUACACUGAUCUCAAUGGGAUGCAGAUUAUAAAACGUAAACGGUUUAAUAAGCUGCCCCUGCAAGCUAACUACUACCCAGUUCCCUCGUCAAUGUUUAUCCAAGACGAGAACUUGCGACUAACAAUUCUUAGUGGACAACCCCUUGGGGGAGCGUCACUCAAAACAGGAGAGAUGGAAAUUAUGCAGGACCGACGGCUUUCACAAGACGACGAUCGCGGGUUAGGUCAUGGUGUGCUGGACAAUCUUCCGGUGUUGCACUUGUUCCGAUUGGUGCUGGAAAGUCGGGAGUCGUGCACCAAACUAGAUCCUGGCUAUCCGGCCGGGUAUUUGACAGCCAACGCGCAUAGCGAACUGAGGUCACUGCUGCAUCCGUUAGAGAAGUUGAUAUUCAACGAGAACGAAUGGACUGGACUGUUGCCAAGCUUCGGAGUUAACCAUGAGCCGCUGGAAAGAGGAAUGGAACUGGUUGCGGUAAGAAGUUUACCACACGUGCGCAUCGGUAAAGAGAAACGGCCGGCCGUUGGGUUAAUUGUGCAUCGUACGAACUUCGAAGACUGCGGCUCAGAAGCUAACGGCGAGGGAAAUCUAAGCAUAAAAAAAUUGUUAAAUCUGGAUGACGGGCAGGAGAUAUACAGCUCUCUGCUGACGCUACUCCAAAAGCAGGAUUUAGUACCUUCUGACGACAUCAGCCUUUGUCCGAUGGAUGUUAAAGCUUACAUCAUUCGGCGGUAAGCGAAAGUUUUAAUUUAUCCGAGCCGAACUACAAGACUAUGUUCGAAAAAAAAAACUGUAAAAAGCACGCUUAAGGGAUCCUUCCGGCAGCAACGGUAUUUAUAUUUUGUGUGACAAAACUAAUUUAUUGCAGUAAUACUAUUCCUUUACGAAUAGAAACAAGUUAAUGCAACAGGCGUAUACUUUACAGUUAUAAAUGGUUGUGCAGCAUCACGGAUGCUGCUAGCUAAACAUUACCUGAUUAGGUACAUAUUAAAUAGAGAAUUGGACGCAACUGGAAUUAGAGUUGAAUUGAUUUCAUAAAUUACGACUGGAUGUGACAGUGACACAAUAUAGUGAUAUCAGUGACAAAUGAAAAUACAUUCUGCAGCCAACUACUUUGAUAUGCACAUUAAACCACACAACACACACUUAAGAUGAUUGUGUACUGACGACGUAA